AUGUCUCAACUCUUUGAUCCACUGGGACUCCUCGGACCAGUGAUCGUAAACGCAAAAAUGUUUAUACAACACCUCUGGGCAGCUAACUUGUCGUGGGAUUCUGAGAUUGCGGACGAGUCAGCAACCUGGUGGAAGAAAUACCGAACUGACAUAAGGCAACUCCAAGCUCUGCAAGUUCCCAGAAGGGUUCUUUGGAACACUGAACGAAAAUGCACGAUCCAUUGUUUCUGCGAUGCCUCGCAAAAGGGAUACGGUUGCUGCAUCUACAUGGUGUCACCAGAUGACACCUCUUCGAGGGUUAUCUAUUCCACGCUUGGAGCUUUGCGCAGCUCUCCUCGGAGUCAACUGGUCCACAGCCUCACAAGCAACCUCAACUUUGCAGUGCCAGUGAUGUUUUGGACCGACUCAACUGUCGCACUACACUGGAUCAAAUCCAGAUCGAAUACAUGGAAAGUAUUUGUCUCAAACCGCAUCGCAGAGGUUCAGCGCCUAUCGAAAGGAUCGCAAUGGAUGCACGUGCCGACCGACCUGAACCCUGCCGACCGCAUCUCCCGAGGAAUACUUGCCAGUCAGAUCCUGCACGACAAGUUGUGGUGGCAUGGUCCAGCGUACCUCACCUCCCCCGUCGAAUUGUGGCCAAAGUGUGCGGUUUCGAUGCCGACCAAGUCGGAAUUACAAGAAGAGAAGCGCCCUUUGGUGUCCCUAAAUUCGGUCGAAGAGAACGCAACUGUUUUCAAUGAAUUCUCAGAAUUAGCAAAGCUAACAAGAUUCGUCGCUUACUGUUUCCGAUUUAGGAACAACUGCAAAUUACCGAGAAAUCAGCGUGUACUCACUGCCCUGGCGCCUAAGGAAGUGGAAUGCGCGUUAAAAUCACUGGUUCGCCUGGCUCAGCAACAAGAAUUUCCAAUGGAGGUUCAACAGUACACCCGUAAUGCCACGGAAACUACUGGCAGAAUUGCAUCGAAAUCGCCACUCAAGAAUCUCAACAUUUUCAUGGACGAAUUCGGACUUCUUCCAAAUCACAAGUUGAGCUGGCUGAUUGUCCGGUCCAUUCAUCUCCAGACUCUCCAUGGUGGACCUUCUCUGUUACUCGCCACAGUUCGACAACGAUUUUGGCCACUCCGGCGUAGAGACUUGGCUCGUAAGGUUAUACGCAAAUGUGUCACGUGCUUUCGGUGCAAUCCUACUCCAGCAAAUCAGCUCAUGGCACCUCUACCGUCGGUUCGCCUCAAGCCAGCUCGAGCCUUUACGUAUGCAGGGAUGGAUUAUUGUGGGCCGUUUUUCGUUCGUCCACUGAUUGGGAGAGGUUCGUCGGUUAAAGUGUACGUCGCGUUAUUCGUCUGCUUGGUGGUAAAGGCCGUGCACCUCGAGAUUGUCGCUGAUCUGUCGACCGCCGCGUGUAUCAACGCCGUCAAACGCUUUAUCGCCUGUCGCGGUCGGGUUCUCGAGAUACAUUGCGAUAACGCAACCGCAUUCGUCGGGGCGGAUCGCGAGUUACGGAAGCUGCGGAAGGAAUUCCAGCAGCAGUUCAAGUCCGCGGAAUGGGGCGAGUACUGUGCAGGAAAUGGCAUCACGUUCCGAUUCAUCCCGGCACGUUCGCCACAUUUUGGUGGCAUCUGGGAGGCCGGAGUGAAAUCUUUUAAGUACCACUUCCGCCGUAUCAUGGGACAAAAGGCUUUCUCAAUGGAUCAACUUCUCACGGUCGUAGCCCAGAUCGAAUCUGUCCUGAACUCUCGCCCUCUCGUCCCUCUUUCCGAUUCUCCAGAUGACCUAACAGCUCUGACACCAGGGCACUUUUUGAUUGGGGAGCCUCUAGUCUCAAUCCCCGAGCCAGACCUGCUUCAUCUGUCCCCUAAUCGCCUCACCCGUUUGCAGGACAUGCAACGCUCAGUUCAAGAUCUGUGGCGCUGCUGGUCUCGGGACUAUGUAAGCCAGCUACAUCAGCGUUGCAAGUGGAGACGCCCAUCUGCGGACGUUCGAAAGGGUCAACUGGUGCUUUUGAAACUCGACAACUACCCCUCACUACAAUGGCCUCUUGGACGCAUCGUAGAAACCAUAGCCGGGUCAGACGGCCGAGUCCGCGUUGUGGUGGUUAAAACGGGUGCUGGGGAAUACAAGCGGGCAGUCACGGAGAUUGCGGUGCUCCCAAUCGAUUCCGACAACGAAGAGAAGGAUGGAUCAGCAUUAUCGCCACCUGGCGACCCAGUAGUCGGUUGA